AGUCUACUCCUACCAUUCAAACCUGCCGUUCUCUCCCUCUAUCGUUUCCCUUCUGGGUCAUCUCCACCUCCGAUUUCUUUCUUUCAUGGGGAUCCAAACUAAAAUCCUCUCCUCUCAUCCGCGCCGACGCCCCCAUGCUUCUUCAAGGAGGCAAGCUCCAUCUCAAGCUCUUUGAGAAGGAGGAGGAGGAGCUCGAGAUGUUUCAGGUCGCCGGUAGAGGACCGGCUGUCCAACGCCACGAGGAGUCGUCAGGAUCGAUGACCCGCUGCAGAAGAAUCGGUAGGGGCAGGGGUAGGCGAAGGGAAGUCUCGGACGACGACACGACGACGACGGAGUUGGAAUUCGAGCUUUCUCGCAAGGUUAUAAAUUUGGAGGCAUUGCAACAAAUCGCUUGCUGUGGUCAUCUCAAUGGAGAGUUGCGUGCCACUGUGUGGAAGCUCUUAUUGGGUUAUCUACCUGCUGAGAUAGAUGCAUGGGAGGGAGAGUUGGCUAGCAACAGAUUAAGAUAUGCUGAACUGAAAGAAGAGCUGCUUGUCAAUCCUUCAGAAUACUUGAGAAAGGAGGAUGAAACAUUAUCUGCAAGCAAGAAUAGUAGGAUAAUGGGUGUUGAUGGGCAGCUAAGUCGGCAAGAGAUUUUUAAUGGUGACCAUCCUUUAAGUCUUGGUAAUGAUAGCAUUUGGCAUCAAUAUUUCAAGGAUGGAGAGAUUGUGGAGCAGAUUGAUCGUGAUCUUGAGCGCACACAUCCUGAUAUCAAAUUUUUCUCUGGGGAUAUCUCACAUAGCAAAAGAAACCAGAAAGCAAUGAGGAACAUUCUUCUUCUGUUUGCAAAACUGAACCCAGCAAUUGGUUACGUACAAGGAAUGAAUGAGGUGUUAGCUCCACUGUACUAUGUAUUCAGCACAGAUCCCAAUGAGCAAAAUGCUUCAAAUGCAGAAGCAGAUAGCUUUUCCUGUUUUGUUCGAGUGAUGAGUGAUUCUGUGGACCAUUUCUGUCAACAAUUAGAUAAUAGCUCUGUGGGAAUUCACUCUACACUUUCACGUUUGUCUGAACUCUUAAAAGGUAAUGAUGAGGAGCUAUGGCGGCAUCUUGAGAACUCAAAGGUGAACCCCCAGUUCUAUGCAUUCAGGUGGAUCACCUUGCUAUUAACUCAGGAAUUUGAGUUUCAUUGUAUCAUGAGGAUAUGGGAUUGCCUCCUCAGCAAUCCCUUGGGUGUGCAGGAGAUGCUGCUGAGAGUCUGCUGCGCCAUGCUGGUCUGUGUGAGACGUGAGCUUUUGAAAGGUGACUUCACAUCAAAUUUGAAACUACUCCAACAUUACCCUGAACGACUUAGAUUAUCUAUUAGAAAUAGCUCAUCAUUUGACUCCCGUCUCAUAAUCUCAUUCACUGGGUUGCUUUUAGAUGACAGAUGGACCAUAAAAUGGUCAAAAGAUUUGUGUAAAUAGUUGGACAACUCGGACUAUUAUGCAUACUGUGCAUGCAUGAGAACUUUGUACUUAUGCUGAUUGGUUUGUAUUUUGCAAUAAUUAUAAUACCUUUAGGAGAGUCUGAAUGAUGAUUGAUUAAAAAAAUUUAGAACUAGUACAAUUAAGAGUU